GUGAUUGGUCCCCGGCGGCUGGGCCGACCCGUGGCUGUGUUGUGCAGUUGCUGGGCCCUCCCGGUUUCUUCUCUGUGGCGGCGGCGACAGCGCCAUGUCUGGCUCCGCCGGCGGCGGGGGGCUGCAGGGCUCCCUGCUGCAGUUGCAGGAGCUGCUGUCUGGCGGGGACCCGGGCAGCGCCGGGCUGGCCGCCUACCACCUCAUCCGCGCCGUGGGCCAGGAGGGCGUGCUCUGCACCAGCCCCACCGUCCUGGCCUUACAGACUUCCUUGAUUUUUUCCAAGGAGUUUGGUUUACCUGUAUUUAUUCGAGAAUCUCUAAGCAUUGAAGAAUUUCGGGAUUGCAGAGAAGAAGCCUUAAAAUUUUUAUGCGUUUUUUUAGAAAAAAUUGGGCAGAAAAUUGAACCUUACUGUCUUGGAAUUAAGAGCUUGUGUACCAGUGUUUACACAAAAGAUAAAGCUGCAAAAUGUAAGAUUCCAGCCCUGGAGCUUCUUAUUGAGUUGCUCAAAACUUUACGAAGUUCUAGACAUUUGGAAGAAUUCCACCUUGGAGAACUCUUUAGCAAAUUCUAUGGAGAACUUGCUUUGAAAACAAAAAUAGCAGAUACAGUAUUAGAGAAGAUAUAUGAGCUCCUGGGAGUCUUAGGGGAAGAAGUACAUCCUAGUGUUAUGGUGAACAACUCGGAAAAACUCUUCCGUGCUUUCUUGGGUGAGCUAAAAACACAGAUGACUUCCACAACCAGAGAGCCCAAACUCCCUGUGGUAGCAGGAUGCCUGAAGGGAUUGUCGUCACUUAUGUAUAACUUCACUAAAUCUAUGGAUGAAGAUCCUCAGAUGUCAAAGGAAAUUUUUGAUUUUGCACUGAAGGCCAUCAGCCCUCAGGUUGAUCUGAAGAGAUAUGCUGUGCCUUUAGGUGGUUUGCGCUUAUUCACUUUACAUGCAUCUCAGUUUAGCACCUGCCUUUUGGACAACUAUAUUUCCUUAUUUGAAAUAAUGUCAAAGUGGUGUGGCCAUACACAUGGAGAACUGAAGAAAGCUGCACAUUCAGCCUUAGAUUCCUUUCUUAAACAGGUUUCUUUAAUGGUGGCCAAAGAUGCAGAAGCUCACAAGAGCAUACUUCGGUACUUCACAGAACAGUUCUAUGGAAUCAUCAGAAAUGUGGAUUCAACUAGCAAGGAGUUAUCCAUUGCCAUUCGAGGAUAUGGGCUAUUUGCAGGACCUUGUAAAGCUAUAAAUGCAAAGGAUGUUGACUUCAUGUAUAUUGAGCUCAUUCAGCGCUGUAAACAAAUGUUCCUCACUGAGACAGAUACUGUAGAGGACCACAUGUAUCAGCUCCCAAGUUUUCUCCAAUCUAUUGCAAGCAUCUUACUUCACCUUGAUACAGUUCCUGAGGUAUAUACUCCAGUUCUUGAGCGUCUGAUAGUGGUGCAGAUAGACAGUUUUCCACAGUACAGUAUUAAAAUGCAAACAAUCUGUUGCCGAGCUAUAGUAAAAGUUUUUCUCGCCUUGGCAGAAAAAGGACCAGUCCUCUGGAAUUUUAUUAGUACUGUGGUGCAUCAGGGCUUAAUCAGAGUAUGUUCCAAACCAGUCAUCCUUCGAAAGGAGGCCCUUGGUAAAGAGGUUUCUGAGUCUGAAGAGUAUCCUACAUCAGGGGAGGUUAGAACAGGGAAAUGGAGAGUACCUACAUACAAGGAUUAUUUAGAGCUUUUCAGAAAUCUACUGAGCUGUGAUCAAAUGAAGGACUCUCUUCUAGCAGAUGAAACAUUUCUGUUGGUUAGUUCACCACUUCAGUCUCUGAAUCGUUUGCUGUAUGAUGAACUUAUAAAGUCAGUUUUGAAGAUUGUUGAGAAAUUAGAUCUUAAACUAGAAAAGCAGAAUGUCGGAGAUCAGGAGGAUGAGAAUGAAGCUAGUGGUGUAUGGGUAAUUCCAACCUCAGAUCCAGCUGCAAACUUGCAUCCUGCUAAACCUAAAGAUUUUACUGCCUUCAUUAAUCUGGUGGAGUUUUGCAGAGAAAUCCUUCCUGAGAAGCACAUUCAGUUUUUUGAACCGUGGAUAUACUCAUUUGGGUAUGAGUUGAUUUUGCAGUCUACACGGUUACCUCUCAUUAGUGGAUUCUACAAAUUACUUGCUGUUGCAGUAAGAAAUGCCAAAAAAUUAAGAUACUUUGAGGGACUAAGCCCAAAGAGUCACAAAAAAUCUCCUGAAGAUCCUGAAAAGUAUUCUUGUUUUGCGUUAUUUGCAAAGUUUGGGAAAGAGGUAUCAGUAAAAAUGAAGCAAUAUAAAGAUGAACUGUUAGCCUCCUGUUUGAACUUUGUACUGUGCUUGCCACAUGACAUCAUUGAACUGGAUAUUAAAGCUUAUGUUCCUGCAUUACAGAUGGCUUUUAAAUUGGGCCUGAGUUAUACCCCACUGGCAGAAGUAGGCCUGAAUGCCCUAGAAGAGUGGUCAUUGUACGUACCAAAACAUACAAUCCAGCCACAUUACAAAGACAUUUUACCUUGUCUUGACAGUUACUUGAAAACCUCAGCAUUAUCAGAUGAUAACAGAGAUAAUGGGGAAAUCACAGUGCUUUCUCGUGCAGCCCAGAAAGGGUUUAAUAAGGUUGUAGUAAAGCAUCUAAAAAAAUCAAAGACCAUCUUAUCAGAUGAAGAGAUGUCCUUGGAAGCUGUGAGAGCUCGAGUGAUUCGAGUGCUUGGAUCUCUGGGAGGACAAAUAAAUAGGAAUCUUGUUACAGCUGCUUCCUCAGAUGAAAUUAUGAAGAAGUGUUUGGCAUGGGAUUCAGAGAAGAAACUGAGCUUUGCAGUACCAUUUGCAGAAAUGAAGCCUGUAAUAUAUUUGGAUGUAUUUUUGCCUCGGGUCACAGAACUGGCUCUUUCGUCUAGUGACAGAAAAACUAAAAUUGCAGCCUGUGAACUGUUACAUAGCAUGGUUAUGUUUAUGUUGGGAAAAGCAUCUCAAAUACCUGAAGAAAUGGGUUCCCCACCCAUGCAUCAGCUAUAUAAGAAAACAUUUCCUGUGCUACUUCGACUUGCCUGUGAUGUAGAUCAGGUGACACGGCAGCUGUAUGAACCACUUGUCAUGCAAAUGAUUCACUGGUUCACCAACAACAAGAAGUUUGAAAGUCAGGACACAGUGACGUUACUAGAAACCAUUCUGGAUGGCAUAGUGGAUCCUGUUGACAGUACCUUGCGAGAUUUUUGUGGUCAGUGUGUUAGAGAGUUCUUAAAAUGGUCCAUUAAGCAAACACCACCUCAGCAGCAAGAGAGAAGUCCUGUGAACACUAAAUCACUCUUUAAGCGUCUGUACAGCUUUGCACUUCACCCCAGUGCUUUCAAGAGACUAGGAGCCGCACUUGCUUUUAACAAUAUCUAUAGAGAAUUUAGAGAAGAGGAGGCCCUUGUAGAACAGUUCGUCUUUGAAGCCUUAGUCAUUUAUAUGGAAAGUUUGGCCUUAACUCAUGCAGAUGAGAAAUCUUUAGGUACAAUUCAACAGUGUUGUGAUGCUAUUGAUCACCUGACGCGCAUAAUUGAAAAGAAGCACAUCAACUUAAAUAAGCCCAAAAAACGGCGCCUACCUCGCGGAUUUCCACCUGUUCAAACACUAUGUUUAUUGGAUCUCGUCAAGUGGCUUUUGGCACAAUGUGGACGCCCCCAGACAGAAUGCAGACACAAGUCCAUAGAACUGUUUUAUAAAUUUGUUCCUUUGCUUCCAGGCAACAGAUCUCCAUCUUGUUGGUUGACUGACAUUCUCAAAAAAGAAGACAUUUCUUUCCUCAUAAAUAGAUUUGAAGGAGCAGGUAUUGUUAGUGAUCAUUUGUCAGGAAUCUUGGCUCAACCUACCCUCUUUGAUUUGCAAGGACCCUUUUCUUUAAGAGCUGUUGUGCAGUGGAUGGAUAUGCUUUUAGCAGCUUUGGAGUGUUAUAAUACAUUUAUUGAAGAGAGAGCUGUCAAAGCACAAGAAAUAUUAGGUACAAAAGCAAAGUCUUCGUUUUUGAAAGCUGUGGGCUUUUUCUUGAAAAAUAUUGCUCUUCAUGAUAUUAGAGCAGCAGAAAAAUGCUUUGGCACUGGCAUGAAAGGCAAUGUGUUCAGCCCACAAGAAAGAGAAGAAUAUAAUUACAGCAAAUGUACAAUUGUGGUCAGAAUUAUGGAAUUUUCCUCAAUGCUUCUAAAUACUUGUCAGGAUGUCUGGAAGCUCCUUGAGAAGGAUUUACUUAACACUUACUUUAUGGAACUCUUAGUCAAAACAUUGUGUGAUCCAUCAAGUAUUGGCUUUAACAUAGCUGAUGUACAAGUAAUGAAUAAUCUUCCCAAUGUCUGUGUGAACCUUAUGAAAGCCUUAAAAAAAUCUCCAUAUAAGGAAUCUCUAGAAAUCAACAUAAAGAAAAGAAUAACUCCACAAAGCAUUGAAGUCAUUUGUGCUGUUGAUUUAUACAAUCCAGAUGCUCGAUUUGAUAGAGCUAAUCUGGUUUCUAUCCUGUCAGCAUGUAAACAGCUCCAUAAAGCAGGUCUUUUGCAUUCUACAGCAGAGUCUCAGGCUACAAAUCUGCCCCAUCCAAUUGGCUCUAAGCUCCUGUCUGUUGUUUAUAAAGGCAUUGCCCCUGGAGAUGAAAGGACUGCCCUUCCCUCAUUAGAAACCAGUAGUAAACGAUUGGCAAGUGGACUUCUGGAGUUGGCUUUUGCUUUUGGAGGAUUGUGUGAAGAGCUGGUGAAUCUUCUGUUGAAUACAGUGGUACUCUCUGUGCCACUCUCGGGAACAUCCCAGAAGAAUCUAAUCAGCUUCUUCCAUGGAGAAUAUUUCUAUAGCCUAUUCUCAGAAGUCAUCAACACUGAACUACUCAAAAAUCUUGAUACUGCUAUAUUACAGCUUAUGAAAUCAUCUGUGGAUAAUGCCAAAAUGGUGGGUGCCAUUUUGAAUGGUAUGUUAGAUGAGAGCUUCCGGGAUCGAGCUGUACGGAAGCAACAAGGAAUGAAAUUAGUGGCAACAAUUCUUCAAAACUGGAAGAAACUUGAUACAUGGUGGGCGAAAGAUUCUGCUCCAGAAAGCAAAAUGGCAGUUUUGACUCUGAUGGCUAAAAUUCUACAGAUAGACUCAUCUGUAUCUUUUAGUAUAAAUCAUGGAGCUUUCUUGGACGUCUUCACCACAUAUACCAGUUUAUUAGAUGAUCCAAAGUUGGGUCUGAAUUUAAAGGGUCAAGCUUUGAUCAUUCUUCCCUUCUUUACCAAUCUUACUGGGGAAAGACUUGAAGACCUGAAGCUUGCUCUUGAAAAGCUUGUGGCUUCCAAUUUCCCUAUGACAUCUCAUGAGUUUGUCUACGGAACUCUGAAGUACAACAACUAUGUAGACUGCACAAAAAAGUUUCUAGAUGCAUUGGAAUUAUCCCAGAGCCCUAUGUUAUUGCAAUUCAUGACAGAAAUUCUUUGUCGAGACCAGAAGCAUGUAAUAGAAGAAUUGUUUCAAACUACUUUCCAAAGGAUUUCUAGAAGGAGUAGUUGUGCCACACAAGUAGCUCUACUGGAUAUUGUGCACAGAAUGUUCCAGAAAGAUGAUCUUUCAAAUAUGACCCGCCUGGCAAUUGUGGAUCGCUGUCUUCUGACUCUUUUGUGGCAUUGCAGCUUGGCUGCUUUGCGGGAAUUCUUUAGUAGUAUUAUAGUGGAAGCCCUUGAUGUACUGAAGUCCAGAUUUAUAAAGUUUAGUGAAUCUACCUUUGAUACUCAAGUCACCAAAAAGUUGGGCUAUUAUAAGAUGCUUGAGGUAUUAUAUUCUCGUCUCCCGAAAGAUGAUGUUCACUCCAAAGAAUCUAGAAUUAAUCAAGUUUUCCAUGGUUCUUCCAUUGUAGAAGGAAAUGAACUCACAAAGACACUUAUUAAAUUGUGUUAUGAUGCAUUUACAGAAAAUAUGGCAGGUGAGACUCAGUUACUGGAGAAGAGAAGACAUUACCAUUGUGCUGCAUAUAACUGUGCCAUUGCAAUUCUCUGCCGUGUAUUCAGUGAAAUGAAAUUUUACCAGGGCUUUCUGUUUACUGAAAAACCAGAAAAGAACUUGCUUAUUUUGGAAAACUUGGUAGACCUGAAACAUUGCUAUACUUUUCCUGUAGAAGUUGAGGUCCCUAUGGAAAGAAAGAGAAGAUAUAUUGCUAUUAGAAAAGAAGCCAGAGAUGCAGCAAAUGGAGAUCCAGAGGGGCCUCAUUAUUUGUCUUCAUUGUCGUAUAUGGCAGACAGUAGUCUGAGUGAGGAAAUGAGUCAAUUUGACUUUUCUACUGGAGUACAGAGCUAUUCAUACAGUACCCAAGAUUCUAAAGCUACUGUUGUUCAUUUCCGGAGACGGGAACGUAUUGACUCUACAGUCCAGGAUGAUGUAAUGGAGUUAGAAAUGGAUGAACUAAAUCAGCAUGAGUGUAUGACAACCAUGACAGCCCUGAUUAAGCAUAUGCAGAGAAAUCAUAUCACACCUCACAUAGAAGAGGGUUCAGAGCCAACAAAUCUUCCUCCAUGGAUGAAGUUUCUUCAUAGUAAAUUGGAAAAUCCAUCAACACCACUAAACAUUCGUCUCUUCUUAGCUAAACUCAUAAUAAAUACUGAAGAAGUGUUCCGGCCAUAUGCAAAACACUGGCUUAAUCCUUUGCUACAGCUGGUUGUUUCUGAAAAUAACGGAGGAGAGGGGAUUCACUAUAUGGUGGUAGAGAUAGUAGUAGUUGUUCUUUCGUGGACAAGCAUCGCUACACCCAAAGGUGUUCCUAAAGAGGAACUGCUGGCAAAUAGAUUACUUCAGUUCUUGAUGAAACACGUCUUUCACCCAAAAAGAGCUGUGUUUAGGCACAACCUUGAAAUCAUAAAAACUGUUGUUGAAUGCUGGAAGGAUUGCUUAUCUAUACCAUACAGGAUAAUAUUUGAAAAGUUUUCCAAUAGAGACCCCAACUCAAAAGACAAUUCUGUAGGAAUUCAGUUAUUAGGAAUCAUAAUGGCAAAUAACUUACCUCCCUAUGAUUCAAAAAGUGGUAUAGAAAGUACAAGGUACUUUCAAGCUUUGGUCAACAACAUGUCUUUUGUAAAGUAUAAAGAAGUGUAUGCAGCUGCAGCAGAAGUGUUGGGAUUAGUUCUUCAGUAUAUUGCUAAGAAGGAAAAUGUGCUGGAGGACUCAGUUUUUGAGUUAGUUGUCAAACAACUGAAGCAACAUCAGAAUACUAAGGAGGACAAAUUUAUUGUAUGUUUAAAUAAAGUAGUGAAGACCUUCCCUCCUCUUGCUGAUAGGUUUAUGAAUGCUGUGUUCUUUUUGCUGCCAAAAUUUCAUGGAGUGAUGAAAACCCUAUGUUUGGAAGUGGUACUGUGUCGUGCAGAAGAAAUACACGAUCUCUACUUACAGUUGAAGAGUAAGGAUUUCAUCCAGAUCAUGAGACAUCGAGAUGAUGAAAGACAAAAAGUGUGUUUGGAUAUAAUUUAUACAAUGCUAGCAAAACUGAAACCAGCAGAACUACGAGAAUUUCUCAGUUGUGUUGUAGAGUUCAUUUCUCAUCCUUCUCCAGUGUGUCGGGAAAAAAUGUAUAACAUCCUGAUGUGGAUUCAUGAUAAUUACAGGGACCCAGAAAGCCAGACUGAUGAAGAAUCCCAGGAAGUAUUUAAACUGGCAAAAGAAGCACUGCUUCAAGGACUAAUGGAUGAUAAUCUUGAACUUCAAUUAAUUAUUAGGAAUUUCUGGAGUCACGAAACCAGGUUACCAUCGAACAUAAUGGAUCGCUUACUGGCCCUGCGGUCCUUAUACUCAACUAAAAUAGAAAUGCACUAUUUGAGUUUAGCAACAAAUUUUCUACUUGAAAUGGCCAGCAAGAGCCCGGAUUAUUCAAGACAUAUAUUUGAACAUCCCCUUUCAGAAUGUAAAUUCCAGGAAUAUAGUAUCGAUUCUGAUUGGCGUUAUCGAAGUACUGUUCUCACCCCAAUGUUUAUUGAGACUCAGGCGUCUCAGAAUACUGCUAGAAACCGAUCACAAGAUGGUUCCCUUUCGCUUCCCCAGACUAAACAAAUAAGAGCUACCCAACAACAUUACGAAUUUACUCCUACACAAAAUACAGCUGGAAGAAACUCUUUUAAUUGGCUAACUGGAAGCAGCAUUGACACAUUUGCAGAAUAUACAAACACAUCAUUGUUUGAAUCAUUAUCUUCUUCCUUGCUGUUUGUUCAUAAGAGAACUGAUAAACCUCAGAGGGCAGCCUUGAAAUCAGUGGGACCUAAUUUUGGAAAAAAAAGAUUGGGAUUGCCAGGAGAUGAAGUAGAUAACAAAACCAAAGGUAUUGAUGAACGGGCAGAAAUCCUAAGGUUGCGAAGGCGAUUUUUAAAGGAUCAAGAGAAGCUUAAUUUGAUUUAUGCCAGAAAAGGUGUUGCGGAACAGAAAAGGGAAAAGGAGAUGAAAAAUGAGUUGAAAAUGAAGCACGAUGCUCAGGUUACUUUGUAUAGAAGUUAUCGUCAAGGAGAUUUGCCUGACAUUCAGAUUGAAUACAGCAGUUUAAUCAGUCCUCUGCAAGCUGUGGCCCAGCGAGACCCGGCCCUUGCAAAGCAGCUCUUUGGCAGCUUGUUUACUGGAAUUUUAAAAGAGGUGGAUAAAUGUAAGAGCCCGUCUGAGAAAAGAAGCAUUACAGAGAAGUUGCUUCUGGAUUUCAACUAUUUUCUAAGUAGCACGAUGUUGUUCUUUCCACCUUUCAUCUCCUGUAUCCAGGAAGUGAGUUACCAGCACUUAGAGCUCCUAAGCCUUGACUCAUCCACUGUGAGCACCAGCUGCCUCGCCAGCUUGCAGCAGCCGGUAGGCAUCCUCCUUCUUGAAAAAGCACUGAUUCAUCUUGCUCCUGCAGAAGAACCACCGUCUAAACGAAUGCGGGGAAAACCCCAGCUCUCUCCAGAUGUCAUCAAAUGGAUUGAACUUGCUAAGUUAUAUAGAUCUAUAGGAGAGUAUGAUGUUCUUCGUGGCAUCUUCAGUGGUGAAAUUAAAACAAAGCAAGUAACACAGAAUGCAUUAUUAGCAGAAGCCAAAAAUGACUAUUCUGAAGCUGCUAAACAGUAUGAUGAGGCCUUAAAUACACAAGAGUGGUUGGAGGGUGAACCUACAGAAGCUGAAAAGGAUUUUUGGGAACUUGCAUCUCUUGAAUGUUAUAAUCACCUCACUGAAUGGAAGUCAUUGGAGUAUUGUUCAACCAUCAGUGUCGAUAGUAAAAAUCCUCCAGACCUUAGCAAAAUAUGGAGUGAGCCAUUUUAUCAGGAAACUUAUCUACCGUACAUGAUUCGCAGUAAGUUAAAGUUACUGCUUCAGGGUGCCAGUGACCAGUCACUCUUAACAUUCAUUGAUGAAGCUAUGAAGAAAGAAUCCCAGAAGACACUCAUAGAAGUUCACUAUAGCCAGGAAUUGAGUCUUCUUUACAUUUUGCAGGAUGAUUUUGACAGAGCAAAAUAUUAUAUUGAAAAUAGCAUUCAGGUUUUUAUGCAGAAUUAUUCCAGUAUUGAUGCUCUUUUACACCAAAGUAGACUAACCAAACUACAGUCUGUGCAAGCUUUAAUAGAAAUUCAAGAUUUUAUCAGCUUUAUGAGUAAACAAGGUAAUUUAUCAUCUCAGGCGCCCCUUAAGAGACUUCUGCGAAUCUGGACAAACAGAUAUCCAGAUGCUAAAAUGGACCCAAUGAACAUCUGGGAUGACAUCAUUACAAAUCGAUGUUUCUUUCUUAACAAAAUUCAGGAGAAGCUUAGUUGUCUGCAACUUGAUGAUAGUAUGGAAGUUGAUGGAGAUGGAAUUUUCAGUGACAAGAUGGCAAUGGAGAAGCAGGAAGAAGAUAUUUACUCGAUGAUUAGAAGCUGCAAGUUUUCUAUGAAAAUGAAGAUGAUCGAGAGUGCCAGAAAGCAGAACAACUUUUCAGUUGCCAUGAAACUAUUAAAGGAACUGCAUAGAGAAUCUAAAACAAGAGAAGACUGGUUGGUGAAAUGGAUUCACAGUUAUUGUCGUUUGAGCCACAGCCGCAGUCAGACACAGAGUAGUUCUGAGCAGAUUCUCACGGUGCUGAAAACCGUCUCGUUACUGGAUGAGAACAUAUCAAGCCACCAGAGCAAGAAUAAUCUGACUUUCCGUAAUCAGAACAUUCUCCUGGGUAUCACUUACAACAUCAUGGCUAGCGCACUCAGUAGUGAGCCGGCUUGUCUUGCCCAAAUCGAAGAAAGUAAAGCUAAAAAAGUUUUAGAGCUUUCUGGAGCCACUUCAGAGGAUGCAGAGAAGAUUAUUGGAGGUCUGCACAAAAAAGCAUUUGAAUAUCUUUUUAAAGCUGCAAGGAGAGCUGAAGAAGAAGUCCAGUCUCAUACUAUUGAGCACGUUGAUGUAGCUGGAGUCAUAGAUGCUUACAUGACCUUGGUAGAUUUCUGUGACAAACAUCUCCGUAAAGAGGAAGAAAGUGCCUCAGUUGUUGAUACUGUGGAGCUGCGAACAUAUCCUGCACUUGUGGUGGACAGGAUGUUAAAAGCCUUAAAAUUAAACUCUAAGGAAGCCAGGCUAAAGUUUCCUCGACUGCUUCAGAUUCUAGAACGGUAUCCAGAAGAGACCUUGGGCCUGAUGACUAAAGAGAUGUCGUGCAUUCCCUGCUGGCAGUUCAUUGGUUGGAUCAGCCAAAUGAUGGCCUUGCUCGAUAAAGAAGAAGCAGUGGCCGUGCAGCACACCAUAGCAGAGAUUGCUGAUAACUAUCCCCAGGCUAUCGUCUAUCCUUUUAUGAUAAGCAGUGAAAACUAUUCCUUUAAAGAUACUUCUGCUGGUCACAAGAAGAAGGAAUUUGUGUCAAGGAUAAAAAGUAAAUUGGAUCAAGGAGGAGUGGUUCAAGAUUUUAUUAAUGCCUUAGAGCAGCUCUCUAAUCCUGAAUUACUCUUUAAGGACUGGGUUGAUAACGUCAGAGGUGAAUUGAUGCAAACCCCUGUAAAUAAAAAAAAAAUUGAAAAAAUGUAUGAAGAAAUGUAUGCAAUCUUAGGAAACUUAGGGGUUCCUGGCCUUGGGGCCUUUAGAAAGAAGUUUAUUCAGACCUAUGGAAAAGAGUUUGACAAAUACUUUGGAAAAAGAGGUUCAAAGAUAUUAGUUAUGAAACCCAGUGACUUCAACAGCAUUGCUACAGCUUUACUUGAUAAAAUGAAGGAAGACUCCAGACCACCUGGGAAUCUGAAAGAAUGCUCACCCUGGAUGAGCAACUUCAAAGUAGAAUUCUUGAGGAAUGAGCUAGAGGUUCCUGGUCAAUAUGAUGGCAAAGGGAAGCCAUUACCAGAAUACCAUGCAAAAAUAACUGGAUUUGAUGAACGGGUCAAAGUAAUGACAUCCAUCAGAAAGCCCAAACGUAUCACCAUCCGAGGCAAUGAUGAGAAAGAAUAUCCUUUCCUUGUGAAGGGAGGGGAGGAUCUGAGACAGGAUCAGCGCAUCGAGCAACUGUUUGAGGUCAUGAAUAUCAUCCUUUCACGAGAUGCUGCUUGUAGCCAAAGGAACAUGCGGUUAAAAACUUACCACGUCGUCCCCAUGACCACCAGAUUAGGAUUGAUUGAAUGGAUAGAAAACACCUGUACAUUAAAGGAGCUUCUUUUAAAUAAUAUGUCUGAAGAGGAGAAAGCUGCUUAUGAAAGUGGCCCCAAAGCCCCACAUUUGGAAUACGGGACCUGGCUAGCAAAAAUAACUGGAAAACAAGAUAUUGGUGCCUAUAUGUUAAUGUACAGACGAGCCAAUCGUACAGAAGCUACCACAUCUUUCAGAAACCGAGAGACUAAAGUACCAGCAGAUUUGUUAAGGAGGGCCUUUGUUAAAAUGAGUACAACCCCUGAGGCCUUUCUGGCUCUUCGAUCCCAUUUUGCCAGUUCUCAUGCACUGAUGUGUAUCAGCCACUGGAUUCUAGGGAUUGGAGAUCGGCAUCUAUCCAAUUUCAUGAUCAACAUGGAGACAGGUGGCAUGAUUGGAAUAGAUUUUGGGCAUGCAUUUGGAUCAGCUACACAGUUUCUACCAGUCCCUGAGUUGAUGCCUUUUCGUCUAACUCGCCAAUUUAUCAAUCUGAUGUUACCAAUGAAAGAAACUGGUCUUAUCUACAGUGUCAUGGUGCAUGCUCUAAGAGCCUUUCGCUUAGAUCCAGAUCUUCUCAUCAGCACCAUGGAUGUAUUUGUAAAGGAACCUUCUUUAGAUUGGAAGAACUUUGAACAAAAGAUGUUGAAAAAAGGAGGAUCAUGGACCAGAGAAAUCAACAUUACUGAAAUAAACUGGUAUCCUUUGCAGAAAAUAAAUUAUGCUAAGAGAAAGUUAGCAGGAGCCAAUCCUGCAGUCAUUACUUGUGAUGAAUUACGCCUGGGCCAUGAGAAAGUCUCUGCCUUUGAGUAUUAUGUGUCCGUAGCUCGAGGAAAUAGAGAUUACAACAUUCGUGCUGAACAACCAGAAGACGGGCUUUCAGAAGAGACUCAAGUCAAGUGUCUUAUGGAUCAGGCUACAGACCCCAAUGUGCUUGGCAGGACUUGGACAGGAUGGGAGCCCUGGAUGUAAAUCUGUAGAGAAGAGGAAGGUAUCAAAGAAAAAUUACCUGAAGUUCUUAGAAUUAAAUAGGCCCUGAAGCACUGAAGAAAAGAAACCUAGUUUGAACUUCAUUUUGUGGAAUUGAAUGUGAUUCAUGGUCAUGAUAAAAACUAAUGCCAUUAUAACAGUAAGAAUAACGUUUAUAGCAGGAGAAAAAAUAUAGGCCCACACCAAGACCAAAGAUGAGAUGCUUUUUAAAAACUAUAGGUCUUUUUCAUUUAAGCAUGUUCUAGAUGCUCAAGUUAGCUAUCCACCUACAUCCGUUGUGAUUUUAUCCACUAUCAUCUUGGGAAGUUUCUUAGCAAACUGACAACUAAUAAGGUUGAAAUUUUCAUGUAUUAUUCAAACUGGUCAUAGAAAUGGGAGGUAAUGACCCACCCGUAGCCAGAAUCUGGGGGAAAAAAAAAAGACCAAAAGCAUACAUUAUUUGCUGCUUGUAAUUACUGUCUUUUAACUUUUCUUUAUAAAUAAAACAAUAGUAGACCCAUACUAAUGUCCUAUUUUGGAUCCAUUUUAUAGGGUUUUUUUUUUCCUCUUCUCAGUUUUGGCAGAUUUACUUAAAAGAAAAAAUCUUUGAGAAAAAUUUGGCCUAUAUGACCAAUUUCUGCUAGUCUGAUCCAUAAAGGAGAAAAGAUAAAAAGUGCCUUGAGUUAAACUUAUACAUUUACAUUCCUCUCUUAUCCUCAGCACAAAGAUAACUUCAAUGAAUCCCCACAUAUGCUGACAAAUGAUACCAAAGUACAAUGCGUCUUGUUUGUGAAAUAUUAAAAAUGACUCUACAUUUGAAGAAAUUCCAUACUUCAAACACAAAACUGCAAGCAUUACAGAUCAGUGAAGAACUCAUUUAGAAUUAACAAGAUUGUGUAAUUAAAAAUCACUUCUUUAGUAAGCACUGAAGUCUCAGCUCCCCUUAACAUGUCCUCAGGACAGUGAUGCUUUUUAUGGUGACUAAUUUUUUGGAACCAUUCGUAGACCUCAGUGUGAAAUAAAAUUGGGCUUAAAUGAUGAUAGGUAUAAUAAAGUUAAUAUUGGACACAGCAUGUCUGGCAGGUAUGAAGUUGUAAAGUCUAGAGUUGGGGCUUGUUAAAAGGAAAAUGAAUAAUACAGGUUGGUUGUCUUUUUUUUUUAAGUAGUUUCGACAGAAUAAUUCAACUUCUCUAGUAAUGCAUUGUGUCACUAGUUAAUUCUAGUAUAGUCAGAUGGAUCCCAUUAUGGCACUGAAACAUUUAUAUUUUGUGAAGAGUGUUCUCAACAAAUGACAUUUAUUCAGCCAAAAUAUUUUAUCUUUUCAGGAAAAAUAAGUGAGAUCAUGUAUGUGAAAAUCUACUAUGUAUAAAAUCCAGUGGAUACUCUUUGCUGCAUCAUGGAGACAAUCAGACCAGAAUUUAGCUAACUUUUGAUUUGGACUGUUCAAAAAAUACUCCAUUUUCUUUAGCUAUUAUAAUUUUGAUUUUUUUUCCCUCACAUAUGCAAAUGCAACUGAAUAUAUCCAAUCCUGAUUUUAAAUGUUUGUUUCCUUAUAAUGUGGAAUGAGUUUGAUUUAUCUGCAUUGUGUGAAAUUGCUGAACUUGUGAACUACUUUUUACAUUUUAUAUCAAUAAAAGAAAUGUCACUUCAA